GCCCUUUAAGCAGAACGAUAUGACGUAAUCGGGUCAGGGGUUUACAGCUAUGGCGUCGGGAAAUGGACUUGCUUCUCUGGGUGUCGAGGGAGUUACAGCAGCCGCACAGGCACUGUCUCUACCAGCUGAGGCUUAUGGGAACGAUCCUCAACUGGAAGUGAUGUGGGCGAUGAAGGCUUACAAUCACGCAGAAAUCUACUUCAAUCUGAUCUCGUCGGUAAACCCCAGUAAUCUGAAGUUGACCACGGUGGAUGACCGGAUCUAUACAUCCUUCAAAGAAUCCUUCUCAGACCUCAACAUUAAGAACUUGGACCCAGACAUGCUCAAAACAGCAGAGGCCAAAGAGAAGUGGCGUCCAUUCUGUAACCAGUUUGACGGAGUGGUGGAGGACUUUAACUAUGGGACUCUGCUACGACUUGACUGUGUGAAGGACUACACAGAGGAAAACACCAUAUUUGCCACCAGGAUCCAGUUCUUUGCCAUCGAGAUCGCUAGGAACAGAGAAGGAUUCAACACCCCUGUUUUCCAGGCUAAAAAGCAGCCUUCGUAAACCCAUACCCAAAAACCCAACCUGCUAUAACCUCUAACAGAGAAAGUUGUCAGCCCUGUGUACCAGGUAAACACCCUUUAUAAACCCUACCACCACCACCUCUAACACAGAGGUUUUAACAGCCCUGGUUACUAGUAUAAACAUUCCCAGUGCUUGACACACCACCAUCUCCUUACAAACCUUUCCUCUGGUCACCCACCUUGUUGACAAAAUAGGUGGUCUACUGGAAACUCGACCAGGGGCAUGUUCAGCAGGGAUAUAUUCUUUACGUCUUGCAACAGAAAACAUUUAAGAACCAAAUCUAAACAUGGAGGGACCUACCUGAAUUUUUACAAUAGAAACCCUUUUUCCGUUUGGAAUAAAUGGUUUGUUGCAAAACGUUUUGCAACAAUCUGUGUAAUACACCCCAGGGCACGUUAAGAUAGAUAUGUACAACAAACAAUUCACAGUAUUUCUAUCUGCAACAUUUGCUUACUGAACAUGGCCCAGAAGUCCAUCCCACAAGUGUGUGUGUGUGUACUGAUGUCUAAACUGAGCAUCGUAGCCAUAUGUAAUUAGCUUUCCUCCUAUUUGUGCCAAGCACUUCUGGGAUUGCGUAUGUCCUUGUACAAAGUUGUAAACGUCUUUCAAAUGGCAUAUAUAUAUAUAUAUAUAUGAUGAGGCCAGUCCGAAGGUAGACACCAAAUGCAGUCGGUUACACUGGGUAAAUCUGAAAGAACACCCUGUUUCUAAUUUUGUGCACAACUGCUAGCCAGAACUAUGGUCAUAAGUGGUUCACUAUAGAGAAUAUGGUGCCAUUUGAAAGACUUUUAUUUAUAUAUAUAUAUAUAUAUAUAUACACACACACAGUUGAAGUCAGAAGUUUACAUACACCUUAGCCAGAUACAUUUAAACUCAGUUUUUCACAAUUCCUGACAUUUAAUCCUAUUAAAAAUCCUCUGUCUUGGGUCAGUUAGGAUCACCACUUUAUUUUAAGAAUGUGAAAUGUCAGAAUAAUAGUAGACAAUGACUGUCAGCUUUUAUUUUUCAUCACAUUUCCAGUGGGUCAGAAGUUUACAUACACUCAAUUAGUAUUCAGUAGCAUUGCCUUUAAAUUGUUUAACUGCGGUCAAACAUUUCGGGUAUCCUUCCACAAGCUUGGGUGAAUUUUUCACCCAUUCCUCCUGAAGGAGCUGGUGUAUCUGAGUCAGGUUUGUAGGCCUCCUUGUUCGCACACGCCUUUUCAGUUCUGCCCACAAAUUGUCUAUAGGCUUGAGGUCAGGGCUUUGUGAUGGCCACUCCAAUACCUUGACUUUGUUGUCCUUAAGCCAAUUUGCCACAACUUUGGAAGUAUGCUUGCGGCCAUUGUCCAUUUGGAAGACCCAUUUGCGACCAAGCUUUAACUUCCUGACUGAUGUCUUGAGAUGUUGCUUCAAUAUAUGCACAUAAUUUUCAUCCCUCAAGAUGCCAUCUAUUUUGUGAAGUGCACCAGUCCCUCCUGCAGCAAAGCACCCCCACAACAUGAUGCUGCCACCCCCGUGCUUCACGGUUGGGAUGGUGUUCUUCGGCUUGCAAGCCUCCCCCUUUUUCCUCCAAACAUAACGAUGGUCAUUAUGGCCAAACAGUUCUAUUUUUGUUUCAUCAGACCAGAGGACAUUUCUCCAAAAAGUAUGAUCUUUGUCCCCAUGUUCAGUUGUAAUCUGUAGUCUGUUUUUUUUAAUGAUUGUUUUGGAGCAGUGGCUUCUUCCUUGCUGAGCGGCCUUUCAGGUUAUGUCGAUAUAGGACGCGUUUUACUGUGUAUAUAAAUACUCGUGCCCGUUUCCUCCCGCAUCUUCACAGGGUCUUUUGCAGUUCUGGGAUUGAGUUGCACUUUUCGCACCAAAGUACAUUCAUCUCUAGGAGACGGAACGUGUCUCCUUCCUGAGCGGUAUGACGGCUGCGUGGACCCAUGGUGUUAUGUGCGUACUAUUGUUUGUACUGAUGAAAAUAGUACCUUCAGGCGUUUGGAAAUAGCCCCCAAGGAUUUUUUGAUGAACCAGGUCUUGGUUGAUUUCUUUUGAUUUUCCCACGAUAUCAAGCAGAGGUACUGAGUUUGAAGGUAGGCCUUGCAAUACAUCCACAGGUACACCUCCAAUUGACUCAAUUUUAUGUAUCAGAAGCUUCUAAAGCCAUGACAUAAUUUUCUGGAAUUCUCCAAGCUGUUUAAAGGCACAGUCAACUUUGUAUGUAAACUUCUGACCCACUGGAAUUGUGAUUCAGUGAAUUAAUCUCUCUGUAAUCAAUUGUUGGAAAAAUGACAAAGUAGAUGUCCUAACAGACUUACCAAAACUAUAGUUUAUUAACAAUACAUUUGUGGAGUGGUUGAAAAACAAGUUUUAAUGACUCCAACCUAAGUGUAUGUACAUUUUCGACUUCAACUGUAUGUAUGUGUAUAUUUUUUUUUUAUACCUGAAUCUGAAUAAAUGGAUGUCAAAUAAA